AAUCUCUUGAAUAUGGGAAUAUGCGAUAAUAAAUACCAAAGUAUCAUUGACUUUGUUUCUCUCCCCUUCAUUUAAUUUGCUCAUCUUAUGUCCAUGAUCUUUAAUAUUGAAUCCUCAUCAAGCCUCUUAAACAUGGAGGAAACAAGCACAAUAGAAAAGUCGCAUUCAGGUUAUGAUAGGAUGAGUGAAGUGAAGGCAUUUGAUGAUACAAAACUUGGUGUCCAAGGCCUAAUAGAAAAUCGGGUUACAAAAGUUCCACCUAUAUUCCAUUGCAAUGAACCUGAGUCAAAUAGUAGCAGUAAACCAAAAUCAAAGUUCAGCAUCCCCAUAAUAGAUAUCAAUAGUGGUAUUAUUGGCGAUGAUGUUGUGGAGAAGGUUAAGGAUGCUUGUGAGAAUUGGGGGUUCUUUCAGAUCAUAAACCAUGGCAUCCCAGUUCAUGUGUUGGAUGACAUGAUUAAUGGAACUCGCAUGUUCCAUGAGCAAGAUCCUGAGGUCAGAAAACGCUACUACACACGGGAUCUUUCCAAGAAGGUUCUUUAUGUUUCCAAUUUCAGUCUAUUUCAGGAACCUUAUGUUAAUUGGAGGGACUCACUUGGAAUUUCCAUGGCACCUAAUCCUCCUAAAGAUGAAGAAUUACCUCAAGUUUGCAGGGACAUUGUGAUUGAAUACUCAAAGAAAGUAAAGUCAUUUGCUUCUACUUUGUUAGAGUUAGUAUCAGAAGCACUUGGACUUAACCGAAAUCACCUUCAAGAAAUGGGAUAUGGUGAUGGUUUCGUUGUUCUGUGUCACUAUUACCCUGUAUGCCCUCAGCCAGAGUUAACGAUGGGAAAUAGCAAGCACACUGACAAUGACUUAAUCACAAUAUUAUUGCAAGACCAAAUUGGUGGCCUCCAAAUUCUACAUCAAAAUCAAUGGAUUGAUGUGCCUCCCAUCCAUGGUGCACUUGUUGUCAACAUUGGGGAUCUUCUUCAGCUUCUUUCUAAUGACAAGUUCAUUAGUGUUCAACACAGAGUCAUAGCAAAGAACAUAGGACCAAGAAUAUCAGUUGCAACCUUAUUUAGGACAGAUGAUGAAGCAGGAAAUAAGACAUCAAAAGUGUUUAGUCCAAUAAAAGAACUGUUAUCUGAGGAAAAUCCACCUAUUUAUAGAGACACAACUUUGGCAGAGUACACAGCACAUUUUUAUGCAAAGGGCAUUGGAACUUCAACACUCUCACACUUCAAGUUGUGAUUAUUAUGAACAACAAACAAUUGAAUCAUCUUGUGUUCUACUGAACCAACCAAAACAUAAUUAAACUAUAUAUGUUCUUUAAAUUCAAUGGAUAAGGAGCGAAUUGUCCGCUUCUAUCUCCUAUACCAAUAGAAAGUAUGCUGUUGCGUAAAUCAAACAGAUACACAACAUUGUUAUUCUAUAAUAAUCUUUAAAAAUUAUAUAAUCUCCUCUACGUAAUUAUA